GGAUGUUCCUAUGCUUAAUUCUUCAUAUGAUCACUAUCCCUGUUGUAGGCAUGAUAUUAUUUUUUUACAAUUAACUUUGGUCUCUUCUUGAAACUAGGUUUUGCUGCAUAUUGCAAACCUCAAAAUGACUACAUUAUCAUGCUAAAAUUAUCAUUGUCAUAUCACUUUUCCUAAAGAAACUUGUAUUGGAUCAGCUUGUAUGUGCAUUUGAGUUUUGCAAUCCAUUCGUUUCACUAUAUGUUACUUGAAAAAAUACGCUACUAUCAAAUGUCACUCUAAUCACUUUAACAUAUUUUAAAAAACAAAGAAAACCGCAGCGCCAAGCCAGAGCCACUUGAGAAACAGAGGAACUGAAAAGGAAAAAUGCACGGCCGGCCCCGAAAAGCACCGAAACCUGAAGAUGAAGCGGCUUCGUCUGCCAAAGCCCAGAAGCUACGCGCUGUCCAAACUCAGUUCUUCUCCUUUCACCAUAAUAAAAUUUACACCAAAGAGGCGGUUGAACUUAGUGCCAAGCUUCUUGAGAUCAAUCCUGAAUCGUACACCGCUUGGAACUAUAGGAAACUCGCUGUUGAGCACUAUCUGAAUCUGCCCGAUUGUAAUCCUGACUCGAUCAAGUCUGUUCUAGAUGAUGAACUCAGAGUGGUCGAGAACGCAUUGAGGCAAAAUUUUAAGUCAUAUGGAGCAUGGCAUCAUCGAAAAUGGGUUCUCAGCAAGGGCCAUUCAUCGAUCGAUAAUGAGCUGAGAUUGCUGGACAAGUUCCAGAAGGCUGAUUCUCGUAAUUUCCAUGCAUGGAAUUAUAGGAGAUAUGUUGCAGAGUCAAUGAAGAGAUCAGAACAGGAUGAAUUGAAAUAUACUGAGGAUAUGAUUUACACAAAUUUUAGCAACUACUCUGCAUGGCAUAAUCGAAGCAUAUUGUUGUCUGCUUUAUUUGAGAAAAAGGCUGGAGGAUUUCUCUUGAAAGAGAAGGUCUUGCCAGAGGAAUACGAAUUCAUACACCAAGCCAUAUUUACAGACCCUGAUGAUCAAAGUGGAUGGUUUUAUCAUCUUUGGCUACUAGACCAAACAGUUACAACUGACUCUCCUCUCCUUGCUUCGUCUUGGCCUGGUCAUGGUUCUGAUGUCCUUCUAGUGGGAGAUAGAUGCUAUAAUGGUUCUGCAUUUUCUCCAUUUUCAGCUUUGCAUUCUGAUUCAGGGUCAUUUCCCAUUGUUCUUUAUUUUAAUCAACCUGUUGGGGGUGUAAACUCAUCUACAGUUACUGUUGAAUGUGGAUUUAAUAAAAAUGAAGAUCUUUUUUGGAAACCACUUUCUGCAAGUAACUCACAAACUGCACGAGUUUGGGUUGCACAUUUAAAAGUUCCAUCUUCAGAUCUUCAUUCUACAGUUGAAGUUAGUGUUGGACAUUCUAAGGGAAUCAUUUCAACAAGAGGGUUUGUAUAUAGCCAUCCUUCAAUGUUCUCAUUUAAAGUACAUGUACAGCCUAUGGAAAGAGAUUCCUCUCAAGUUUCAGUUGCAGAAAAUAUUUCAUUGAGAGAAGAAAAUUUUAAGGUCUAUGGAACACAAUCGGAGGAAUCAAUUAUUGACUCUUUUGAUCAAUUAAUUAUCAAGAAUGGUCAUGAAACAACUGCAUCUAACUGGCGUUUUGAGGCUUUAGCUAAAGAGAUUGAAUGCUUCCGUGAACUGUUAUCGUUGGUGGACUGUAAAAUUGGAAAGCUUACACUUGCUAGAUUACUGAAGGCUUAUGAUGCAAUGUCAUAUCCGUUCGCUAACAAACUGGUGCAUUCAGAAGAAGUUCUUGAGCUGUAUAGUGAUUUGAUGAAAUUGGAUCCAACACAUUACCAGUUCUACAAGGAUGAACAUAGCAUUGUCUUGCUACAGAAGGUGACAUCUAGUAAAGAGUCUUUACUUCAACAUUGCUUUCAGUAUAAGGACUCGGCUUCAUCAGCUAUAUGUGACCCUAUCUGUCUCCGGCUGAAUAACUUAUCACUGUCACGGAUGGGAGCUUUUGAGAAAUUAUUGUGGGUCCAAAUGUUAGAUCUCAGCCACAAUGAACUACAAUCAAUUGAAGGGUUGGAAGCUAUGCAGCUUCUCUCUUGUUUGAGUUUGAGAAACAAUAAACUGAGAAGUUUAACUGCUCUGGAGCCUUUGAGAAAGCUCAAGUCAUUAAGAAUACUGGAUAUUUCAUACAACCAGAUUGGGAAUCAAUCUAUUGACACAACAAGGUACGUGUGCUCUUCUCCUUUGUCUCAUUCAGUUGGAAGUGAAUUGAACAGGGAUGAAACCGUGACCAGCGAUGUUGCUCUUAUUAACAAUUGGGAGGCUUUUUUUAUUUUUAAAGACUUCAACUUGAAUCAAUUAGAUAUAGUGGGGAACACAAUUGCUGAUGAAAAGUUUAAGUCAGUUCUGGUUAAGAUUAUGCCUAAACUUAAGCAACUAGAUGGCAAACUCUUAGAUUGAGUUUCAAUAUAUUUGCUUGGUAAUCUCUACAUUUGAUAUCCACUUUAGUUCCCACACAUUACCAUAUUCUUGUUAUAAUUUGAGACUCUUUCUUGUCGUAGCAUGAGAACUUAUUGAGGAUGUUGUAAUGUUAAAAGGUGUUGGUCAUAAAACAUUGUAUAAAGGUUUGACCAAUUAUUUUGUAUGUGGGAUGAUUAUCGGCUUUAAGAGGUAAACCAUAGUUCAAUUUUUGUACCAACAAAAGAAAAGCAUUUUACUUUUAAUUUUUAUGGCAUUCUUGCUGUUUUAAGCUUUAGGGGUUCCUUACAUCUCAGACUCCCCUUAGCAGCUACUAGUUAUACAACUUUCACCAUUUUUGCUUAAUUUGUACUUCAUACAGGUUCGGGUCUAGACCCAAAGUGAGAAUAAAAAAAGUUACAAUCUUUUGGACUUUUGUUUUUGGCUGUUUUAAUGUCAUGGUUAGAACAUUUCUUUAAAACAUGAGCUGAAAAUCCACUUUCUAUGGUCGAUGUUCUUUGCCUUUCUCUGAAACUUGGACUGGUCUUAUGCUGUCGCAAUGAUUUUGUUACAAUUGCAACCCAAAUAUGGAGAGUGCAUCAUGUGGCUUGGAAUAUAGUAGCAUUGGAUCACGAAACUCAAAGAUGAAUCAAAAGUUAUUGUAGAGGAUUAUCCGGCAUUGAUGAGAUUGAUCGAUUAAAUGCUACCCAAAAAGACAGCGACAUGAUUGAAGGUGCCGGAAAUACAGCCGGUAAGUAUCUAAACUGUAAGCAUCUUGAAAUGAAGAAAUGUAAAAAUUUGACUGUUAAAGUGACAAACCCCUGUUGAACACUUGUACACGCAUCACUGCACAAUUUAUCUGCAAAUCCCAAUUUCAAUAUGGUUAGUCAAAUCAAAA